CCACUUCGAGCCGUUCAUGAAUGUUUAUUGAUCAGGAUGAACUUCUUGAGUGUUUCUCAGAUUAAUGUAGGAAUGAACUAAAAUUCUGGUUCUGUUUGGACCUCCCGCGGUGCUGUGGGGAUGGCGAACCGGAACCAGAUGAAGAAAGCCCUCCAGCAGCGCAUAGAGUCACUGAAGCAGCAGCUGCACGGUCUGAGCCGGGACAUCUGGACCCGACCGGAAGUCGCUGGCCAGGAAGUGAACGCACACGAUGUGCUGGUUCGGUUCUUCUCCGAGCAGGACCGGGCAUGGACGGUCCAAAGCCACUACGAGCUACCGACCGCGUUCCGGGCCAGCUGGGGUUCGGUCGGUACCACCGGGGAACCCCGGCGGCUGAACGUGGGUUUCCUGUGCGAGUAUGACGCGCUGCCGGAAAUUGGCCACGCGUGCGGUCACAACCUGAUAGCGGAAGUGGGAGCUGCGGCUGCUGUGGGGCUGAAGGCGGCGGUGGAGACCCAGCCGGGACUCCCAGUGGAGAUAACCGUUCUGGGAACACCCGCAGAGGAGGCGAUUGGAGGAAAGAUCGACCUGAUCCGAGCCGGUGCUUUCACUAAUGUGGAUCUCAUCUUCAUGGCUCAUCCGGCUCAGCAGGACGCCUCCUUCCUUCCCACCGUCACAAUCGCUGAGGUGUCAGUGAAGUACCACGGGAAGGCGUCUCAUGCUUCUGCGUAUCCGUGGGAGGGGGUGAACGCUCUGGAUGCUGCUGUGCUGGCUUACAGCAACCUCUCUGCGCUCAGACAGCAGCUGAAGCCUGAGUGGAAACUUCAUGGCAUCAUCAAACACGGAGGGGUGAAGCCCAACAUCAUCCCUGCCUACUCGGAGCUGGAGUUUUAUCUGCGAACCCCGCGGCUCGGCGAUCUUCGGGAGCUGAAGGCCAAAGCUGAGGCGUGUUUCAGAGCUGCGGCUCUGGCCACAGGCUGCCAGGUGGAGAUAAUCUACCCGGCCCAUACCUACUCUAACAUUCAGCCUAAUGAAACACUGGCAACACUGUAUAAAACCAACGGAGAAGCUUUGGGCAUGGUGUUUCCUGAGCAGCCAGCCAGCUUCUCUGGUUCCACAGACUUUGGCAACGUUUCAUUCAUAGUGCCUGGGAUCCACCCGUUCUUCCACAUCGGCACCGACGCAUUAAACCACACAGAGAAAUAUGCUGAAGCAGCAGGAGCCGAGGAGGCCCAGUUGUACGCCCUGCGGGCGGCCAAGGCUCUGGCUAUGACAGCUGUGGAUGUGCUGUGCUGCUCGGAUCUGCUGCAGCGAGUCAGGGACGACUUCAGGCUGGCCAAACUGAGAGAGGAGAAGUGACCAGAGGGCAGAAACAACAACUCACAUCGAGACACACAAACUCCCUGAACUCGGCUGGGCGGUUUCACUUCAACAAUUAAUGCUAAAACAACAAAUUAAUGGCACUUUGAAACUAAUUUCAAUGCAUUUAAAAUGAUAAACCAACACAAGUGGUGUAAAAAGGUGAAGCAGAAAGAAAAUUGUGAUUAUGAAUUCAUUUUCUUUUACAAAUAAAAAAAGUAAGUGGUGUGCUGUUUACUAAAAACUCAGCAGGGCUGCAAAAACACAAACUCUUACCAAGUAUUUCUAGUUCUUGGGCAAAUAUUUUAGUUUUGUUGAAAUAAGACAAAACUAACUUACAAGUAACUUUUCAGCAAUAUAAGAACUUUUUAAGCCAACACUGAAUAUUGAUUUAAAAAUCAAUAUUCUUAAAUAUUGAUUUAACAUGUUAACUUAUAAAGCCAUUUUUCCGUGGUAAAAGUGAAAUGAUCUGCCUGUGAAACUUGUACUUUAGUACUGAUCAAGCUCCUAUUGUGCUCUAAAGCUACUUGCAAGUAAUUGUGUUUUAUUUGAAGUGUGAUAAGAUAUUUACAUUAGAUAUUAGACAAAGACCACUAGAUAUUUGUUUUUCUUAGUGAAAACAUCUGUUUACACACUGAAUAUUUACAGAUGUUAAGUGUUUCAGUGGAGAUCAUAAACAAACCAAAAUACUUGGUAAGAUUUUGCCGUUGUUCCGUCUUUGUGUCUUUUGCAGCAUAAUUUUCCAGUUUUUAAAUUUUCUCAUCUUCAGCAGCUUUUAAGUAAUGAAGAGUCGGAUAUUUCCCCGAGGCUGCUUGGAGAUGAAAUGCAGAGUUAAAGGAAAACGCUCAGAGCUGAAUCUCUUUCACAGGUGAGCAGGAACUCAUGAUGUGGCCUCCAAUGAAUGUUAAUGCUGCAAUGUGCCUCCCUAACUGCAGGGGGUGCUUCACUUUGAACUUUUUUUUAAAAAACAUUUGGCGUUGGACCAAACUGGGCUUUAUGCAAUUUACAUGCACACAUCCUGUCAUUUAGAUCUUAGUGAUGUUUUCACAACUGACAGCUAAAGUAGCAAUACUGGGAAUUUAUGCAAAAAAGCAGCAUCAGUUCAAAGACAUAAAUUCAGUGCACAAGUUCUAGUUUCAGUUCAGUUUAUAAAUCCAAAGUCAAAAUUUAAAGGUCUCAGAAACUACAAGCAUUUUAUACCCCAAAAACAAACGCCUGGUACUUUUGGUUUGAUAUUUCAUCACUAUUUUGAACAGCUUUGGUGGAUUUUGUGGCACAACCCCAACUUUUAAUCUAUUUUCCAUAGAACUGAAUUCCAUCAACUUAAAUGUUUUCCUGCUUUGUAUAUUAAAAGCUACUUAUGAUGUAUAAUUUGGAUUAUUACUGUUGGAGCAUUCAACUGCACCAAAAUCCUAACAAUUCAAACCCAAACUCACUUCUGAUGAAUCCAAGUUGAUCGGAUUCAUCAGAAUCAUGUUCCAGAAAAACCCAGAAAAUACAAAAGACUUUGAUUUAGCUGUCAAACAUGGUGGUGGCAGCAUCAUUUUCAGGUCAAGUGCUACAGCUAAAUCGCUCAAAUUGGCUCCAAAACCUACUUUAAUU